CGGCAGACAUGACAGUGUUGAAAUCAAGUGUCAGCGCCAACACAAUUGCUGCGCCUCGUCAUUAUUAAACAAGUCAAGUCGUCGAAUGGCGGCCCAAGAAGAGGGUUUUAAGAGCUUUCCAGUCAUCUCAAUACGACGAGUUUAAAAGCAGCAAUGUGGCGCACAGCGAAACAUUGACGAAAGCAGGUUGAUGGAAAGAAGGAGUGUCGAGCUAAAGUUGCUUCGGAUGGAGUGAACUCUUGGCACCUUAAAGGAUGAGUCACAGAUGGUGCCUGAGUACCUUCCAGCGCUCAAUCCAUGUGCAACAUCCUCAGUGCGUCUUCCUCAGCCGGUUGUACAUCUUCUGCUCUCGGGGGUCUCCGACUCGAAAAACAUGGCGCCGCAGGGCUUACCAGCUUAGACAAAAGCUGGGGAUCCACACCGGUGGCUUGUGUUUGAAGAGCUCGACGCCUCGCUGGUCUGCGGGCCUGAACCAGCACAUGUCACGAGUGAGGAACACGCUGGACACGGUUUCUAAAGCCGUGACGCAAACGGACCUUCUCUCCAAGAUCACCAGACUCAAAGCCCAGAAGCCUGGGACAAAUGUGGAGCCGACUACGGAAAAAGGGACCACUGCUUCUUCCAAGCCAACAUCUGUAACUGCACUAGAAGCUGCUGGCACUACCUCCUCCUCGCAGCCUCACAACGCCACACAAACCACCGACGCUGUUGCCACCGUACCCGCGCAGGAGAGUAAGGAGAUAAAGCUAAGGCGCGUCAAACCGGAGGAGCCUCAACAAUCCUCCAACGGGAAACAAACCCAAGCACUUUUCCACCCUAGCAGCUUGUCAGUCAACCUGGAUCAAACCUACAACUACGUAGCCCAUCACAUCAAUUCCUACUUCGACAGCAGUACCAAAACUCAAGAGAAGAAAGACCAUGUGGAAAAGCCUCCACAAUCAAGUGACCUAAUGUGUAAUAGGCCGGCCCUUCCCGCCAAGAAAGGCUUGGGCCACUACCUGGCCUACUCCGCUCCCACCGUGCAAGCUUUUGUCGGGAGCUACAUCACCCCCUUGGUGCCAAAGUUCAGGACGGGGGAGUCCAAAAGUGCUACGGAUGACGCCGUUAAGCUUGAGGAUGCGCCGGGGAAGCAGGCGGAGGUCAGUAUCAGUAAAGAGCUGACGGUGGCAGAUGAGAAGGCCAAGAAACUUCUUCUUCAAAGGGAAAAGAUCAUUGCCAGGGUGAGCGUGGACAAUCGAACCCGUGCUCUGGUCCAAGCUCUCCACAGGGCCACAGAUGUGAGGGUUUACAUCAGCAGAGUGGAGGACCUCAGCUACCAUCUCCUGGAGUUCCCUGAGACUUGUGGGGUUGCUGUCAAGGAGAAAGUCAUCCCCUGCUUAUUGCGUCUACAACAAGCAAGGCACCCUGGUCUGAGGGAAGCAGUUCGAGAAGCUCUUACUCUGGUGGGCUACCAUAAAGCAGUUAAAGGCCGAGGCAUACGCAUCCUGUCCAUAGACGGAGGAGGUUUAAGGGGACUUCUUGCCCUUCAGACUUUGCACAAAUUGGAAGCCCUUACCGGCAAACCCAUUUACAAACUGUUCGAUUAUAUUUGUGGCGUCAGCACAGGUGCCAUCCUCGGCUUCAUGCUGGGCGUGUUCCAGCUGCCGACCAGCGAGUGCGACGACCUUUACCGCAAACUGGGCUCGGACGUCUUCAAGCAGAAUGUGAUCGUUGGCACGGUGAAGAUGGGGUGGAGCCACGCGUUCUACAACAGCGAAGCCUGGGAGAGCAUCCUCAGAGAAAAAAUGGGCUCACACAUCCUUGUGGAAACUUCCAGAAACCCGGAAUGUCCUAAAGUGGCAGCAGUGAGCACCAUCGUGAACAGGGGCACGCCACUCAAGGCCUACGUGUUCAGGAACUACAACCUGCUGCCAGGGGUGCGCUCCCACUACCUGGGGGGCAGCCAGCACCAGCUCUGGCAGGCUAUCCGCGCCACAUCCGCGGCCCCCGGCUAUUUCCAGGAAUUCCUCUUGGGGAGUGACCUCCAUCAGGACGGAGGUCUGCUCAUCAACAACCCCACAGCGCUGGCCAUCCACGAGUGCAAGUGUCUGUGGCCCAACACGCCCUUGGAGUGCGUGGUCUCGCUGGGCACGGGCCGCUUAGAAACCACGGCGAGGAACAGCGCCACCUACACCAGUCUCAAAACUAAGAUCACCAAUGUCAUCAGCAGCGCCACUGACACUGAAGAGGUCCACGCCAUGCUGGACGGCUUCUUGCCCGCCGACACCUACUUCCGCUUCAACCCCUUCGUGAGCGAAGACAUCUCCAUCGACGACAACCGCCGGGAGAAGCUGAGCCAGCUGCAGGCCGAGGGCGUGCGCUACCUGGAGAGGAACGAGGAGAAGCUGAAGAAGGCGGCUGGCAUCCUCACCCGGGAGAAGGACGCGGGGCGGAGGUUAGCGGACUGGAUCAAGACCAGGACUGACACGUACAAGCUCUAGACCACAUUUUCACCUCACUCGGAGACUUUUUUUUUUUUUUUUUUUGCCAUGAAGAACUUAAACGUGAUGAAACAGGUAAUGAAAACUUGAAAAUUAUUUGGCAGCAGAUUCCUAAACACAGGAAAUAGAUGAUCUUUGACUUGUAGUAGGUCUUUAAAAAGAGAAAAGCGCACCUGUUGUUUAACCACUAGAUUUUACAGUUAAUACCUUUUUUUUUUUCCAUUUACAGUAAUGCACUGUAAAAACAACAACCGUAGAUUUUACGGUAAAAAAAAAAAAGCAAAACACAGGCAGCUCAGAAUUUUACUGCAAGAAUGUCAGUAAAAAAAAAGUCCUUCAAAACAGAAAGUGCUUCAGUUGUAAACACGACUUUAGAUUUCACCAUUUUUUUUCCAUUUCCCGUAAAGCAGUUGGCAGAAGUUGAGUGUAGAAAUGUUCAGUCAGUCACUCGAAAUUUCACCAUUCAACGUUCAGUUUUGACUAGGGGUGUAACGGUACACACAAAUUUCGGUUCGGUACGUACCUCGGUUUAGAGGUCACGG